CAUUCACAGGCUUUAUUGUCAUCAAUUGUUUUCGUCCCAGUCUUCUCGAACUCCGGGAUUACAAUCUCGAUCGAUUUCCGGUCGCACUCUCCUUCACGCAAGCCUCAGCUCAGCUCGCGCCCGCUCCCGCCUCCACCGAGCCUCUCCCUCUCUCGCAUUGCCAUUGUUUGAUCUGAAAGACUGCCGAACAAUUGAACAAGAUGGCGGAGUUCGUACGCGCCCAGAUCUUUGGCACUACCUUCGAGAUCACCAGCAGGUACACGGAUUUGCAACCAGUUGGCAUGGGAGCCUUUGGUCUUGUCUGCUCUGCCAAAGAUCAAUUGACCGGUCAAUCCGUCGCCGUGAAGAAGAUCAUGAAACCCUUCUCGACUCCGGUGCUCGCCAAACGAACUUACAGAGAACUCAAACUCUUGAAGCACCUCCGACACGAAAAUGUCAUCUCUCUCAGCGAUAUCUUUAUUUCUCCUCUCGAGGACAUCUACUUUGUGACCGAACUCCUGGGAACCGAUCUUCACCGCCUUCUCACAUCUAGACCCCUGGAAAAACAAUUCAUUCAAUACUUUCUGUAUCAAAUUCUGAGAGGUUUGAAAUACGUGCAUUCCGCCGGCGUCGUCCAUCGAGACUUGAAACCGAGCAACAUUCUCGUCAAUGAGAACUGCGACUUGAAGAUUUGCGAUUUCGGCCUGGCCAGAAUUCAGGAUCCUCAAAUGACGGGUUAUGUGUCGACCCGGUACUAUCGAGCCCCUGAGAUCAUGCUUACAUGGCAAAAGUACGACAUCGAGGUGGACAUCUGGAGUGCUGGCUGUAUCUUUGCCGAGAUGUUGGAGGGCAAACCCCUCUUCCCAGGCAAAGACCACGUCAACCAAUUCUCCAUCAUCACGGAACUUCUAGGUACACCGCCUCAGGAUGUCAUCGAAACCAUCUGCAGCGAAAACACCCUGAGAUUUGUUCAGUCCCUGCCCAAACGAGAAAGACAACCCUUGAGCACCAAGUUCAAGAACGCCGACCCUGCCGCCAUUGACCUGCUGGAGAAGAUGUUGGUCUUUGAUCCUCGAAAACGAAUCUCGGCAGCCCAAGGCUUGGAGCAUGAGUAUCUUUCUCCAUACCACGAUCCUACCGACGAGCCUGUAGCAGAGGAGAAGUUCGACUGGUCCUUCAAUGACGCCGACCUACCAGUUGACACUUGGAAGAUCAUGAUGUAUUCUGAGAUUCUUGACUACCACAACGUCGACAACCCGGACAACAGCGGACUAUCCGUGGAACAAGCGCAAGCCAUUAAUGGCCAAACAGGUCAAUGAGCGGUCUGACCCAGCGGUCGGCAUUGCUGCCUCGGAAGUCAUGGCGUCUGGUGUGAUGGAAUGUGUCUGUUCUGCUAAAGGGAUGAAUUGACGAAGCUUUUGGGAUACACGGAUAGCGACGACAAAGACGUAUAACGCGUAUGGAGCAAGGACGUGGCAUUAUGUGCUCUCGGCCCUUUCCACGAAGAGCACUGGCGAAAAGCCACCAUUCAACCUUAUCGCGUCGAUUAAAAAGCCGUCGAAGUAUCAUCAUCCAAGCCAUCUUGUCUUUCUCAAGCAAGGCGCAUGUACAUGGCUCCAAGCCGC